UGUCGGUAAUUUUGUGUCUUUUCUAAAUCUGUAAAAUCAUAUACCGAGCCUGAUCUGACUGUUUGCUGUUGCUGCUACAAGCUUCCUUUCAAAGAAAUCAAGCUGUCUUCAGUGAUCUGCAUCAAUUUCCAUGUCGUUAGCUAUGAGUUCCAGAAGGGACUAUCGCGGAAACAGAGCUGCUCUUUUUGAUGAUAUUGAAGAGGGUGGCAUUAGGGCUGCUUCUUCUUACUCUUCACAUGAAAUCGAUGAACAUGAAAAUGAUAGAGCACUUGAGGGGCUGUCGGACAGAGUUCUGAUGCUUAAAAGGUUGACAGGUGACAUCCAUGAGGAAGUGGACGGCCAUAACCGAAUGCUGGACAGAAUGGGUAAUGAUAUGGAUUCAUCUAGAGGAAUAUUAUCAGGAACCAUGGACAAAUUCAAGAUGGUGUUUGAGACCAAAUCCAGCCGGAAGAUGUUGACACUUGUAGCAUCAUUCGUGGUGUUAUUCCUGGUUGUGUACUAUCUCACUAGGUAGUGAAUUCGAGAAAGUAAGACCACUUUGUUAUCUGGAACUGGAUUAAAGCAGCAUGUACUUGAGUCUGUUUAUGCAUUUCUGUAAAAUGGAGCAGGGCUGUGAGUUUUUGUAGAAAAAACUGAAUGGAAAUAUUUGGAUGUGAGAGUUAUAUAUAUGUUUCUUUUUUGAUCA